GAAACACUGAAUGCAGGAGGCAGCCUCGUGACCACCCUGGGCACCAUGAAGCGGCCAGGGCUCCUUCCUGGCCUGGCACAGCCUGGAAGACAUCGUCUCCCUCCCACGCAAGCAACAAAAUCGUCCCCAAGCCAUUGCUGGGCAUGCUGUAAAUGAAGCAAAUCUGGCUGGCACUUAGCUUUGUGCUGGUUCCCACGAGAAGCAAGGAAAUGCUGGAAAGACAGCGAAAAGCCCUAAUGGAGUCCCAGCAGAGCUCGGCCUGAACCAGCCCUGACAGGCUGCCGGGCUGAGGCAGAACGGUAGGAGCUCAGCCCCAGCCAGGAACCAACCCCUCAGCUUGGCUUGAUGUAUCUCAAACUUCGCUGGCAAAGCCCAAUCCCCUGGCAAUAUUUAAGCCGUGCUGUCAGCUGGCAGGAGGCUGCUGGUGCCGCGCGCAGGGGAGCAGAAUGAGACCUGGCUGGACGCAAUAAAUGCACCCGGAGGGAAAGGAGUGCCGCCCUGACCAGCAGCCAUGGAGAGCCCCCACAGCACUCCACCUGGCACCUCCGUCAUGCCCACGUGGGAUGCGUUUCCUCAGCACACGCUGGAAGCCGUAGACAUCGCUGUCCUUGUCCUGUACUUCCUCUUCGUCCUGGCUGUCGGGCUGUGGUCCAUGUGGAAGACCCAGAGGAACACGGUGAAGGGCUACUUCCUGGCUGGUGGGGACAUGGUGUGGUGGCCCGUGGGUGCCUCCCUGUUUGCCAGCAACGUGGGCAGUGGGCAUUUCAUUGGCCUGGCAGGAUCGGGGGCAGCCUCGGGUAUCGCUGCUACAGCCUACGAGUGGAACGGCAUGUUCUGUGUCUUGGUGCUGGCCUGGCUAUUCCUUCCGAUUUACAUAGCAGCAGGGGUCACCACCAUGCCCGAGUACUUGAGGCGCCGCUUCGGAGGCAAAAGGAUCCAGAUCUUCCUGGCAGUUCUCUACUUGUUCAUCUACAUCUUCACCAAGAUCUCUGUGGACAUGUAUGCGGGGGCCCUGUUCAUCCAGCAGGCGCUGCACUGGGACCUCUACGUGGCAGUCACGGGUCUGCUGGCCAUCACAGCAGUGUACACGGUAGCAGGUGGCCUGGCAGCUGUGAUCUACACGGACGCCCUGCAGACCUUCAUCAUGCUGAUCGGGGCGCUAACGCUCAUGGGUUUCAGCUUUGCUAAGGUUGGUGGGAUUGAAGCUCUGCAAGCCAAAUACUUCAGUGCCAUUGCCAUCAGCCACAAGGCAAACAGCAGCUGUGGCUUGCCGCGAGACGAUGCCUUCCAUAUUUUCCGAGACCCUGUCACCUCUGACCUCCCCUGGCCGGGCGUUCUGGUUGGAAUGACCAUCCCGUCCCUUUGGUACUGGUGUACAGAUCAGGUCAUCGUCCAAAGGUCCCUGGCUGCUAAGAACCUCUCUCAUGCCAAAGGAGGCUCACUGAUGACCUCCUACCUGAAGAUCUUGCCCCUCUUCAUGAUGGUGAUGCCAGGCAUGAUCAGCCGGAUCCUCUUCCCAGAUCUGGUGGCUUGUGCAGAUCCAGAGGUCUGCAAGCAAAUCUGUGGCAACCCAUCCGGCUGCUCUGACAUCGCCUACCCCAAGCUGGUCAUCGAGCUCCUGCCCCUAGGGCUCCGGGGCCUGAUGAUGUCAGUGAUGAUCGCGGCCCUCAUGUCCUCCCUGACGUCCAUCUUCAACAGUGCCAGCACCAUCUUCACCAUCGACCUGUGGCGCCACUUCCGGCCCCGCUCCUCGGAGUGGGAGCUCAUGGUUGUCGGCAGGGUGUUUGUGCUGCUGCUUGUCGUGGUCUCCAUCCUGUGGAUCCCGCUGGUGCAGGCCAGCCAAGGGGGGCAGCUCUUCAUCUACAUCCAGUCCAUCAGCUCCUACCUGCAGCCCCCAGUGGCCAUGGUUUUCAUCCUGGGCUGCUUCUGGAAGAGGACAAAUGAGAAGGGCGCGUUCUGGGGCCUGGUGGUGGGGCUGCUGCUGGGCCUCAUUCGGAUGGUGCUGGACUUCAUCUACCCCCAGCCGCAGUGCAGCCAGCCGGACACCAGACCGGCUGUGGUGAAAUACGUGCACUACCUCUACUUCUCCAUGAUCCUCGCUGCCAUCACCACCAUCACGGCCACGGUCGUGAGCCUGCUCACAGACCCCCCUUCCGAGGAAAUGAUCAGUCGUCUUACCUGGUCCACCCGCUGGGAUCCACCACCCACAAAAGCUGCAGCUGGUGGCUCUUUUCCUGAUGCUGUAAGUGGAGGAGGCAAAGCUGAGCGUCCGGCCGUCCCGAUGGAUUUCAGCAUCGCUUCUGAAAGCAUUCCCAACGACAACACAAGCGCUGCCCGCACCAAAAGGCACUCCAAGGCGAUGAGGAUCUUCCUGUGGCUCUGUGGGAUGGAGAGCCCACACGAGCGCUCCCCCGAGGACGCAGCUCCCACCAAGCCCGAGCCGGUUGCGGCUGUCCUGCACGAGGACCCGCUGGUGAAACACGUCCUGAACGUGAACCUGAUCCUCUGCACGUGCGCCGGGAUCUUUCUCUGGGGCUACUAUGCCUAGCGCUUCGCCACAGGACGCCAGGGACACCGUCACCUAAUCCCAGGCCUUCCUGUUUAGAUGGGUGUAAAUAGUAAUAAUUAUUAACGAAGAGGUGACGCAGUCUGUGAUCCUUCCUGGCGUGCUGUGGGGGGGCACCCAGAGCCUUGCCUCCGCGCCGGACAAAGGGCUGGGGCCCACCUCUGGGUGCAGGGUGCCUUCUCGCCCGGGCA